AUGGAAAAAUCCAAAAAUUUCCGCAUCGACGCGCUGCUGGCUGUCGACCCCCCCAAGGCGACGGCGGCGGCGGCGGGGCAGAGCGCGCCGCUGGCCCUGGUCACCUCUUUGGGCGGCAGCGGCAGUAGCAGCAGCGGGAGCGGCAGCCCCCCGUCCUCCUCCUCUUCAUCCUCCUCUUCCUCCUCCUCCGACCAUCCUGCCGGCGGCCCCGCCGACUGCCUGCGCACCGACAGCCCCUCACCGCCACGUCUCCUGACCGCGCACUGCGCCCUGGUCCCCAAACCCGGCUUCUUGCCCGGUGCCGGCGCACACCCCCACCAUCACGCCUCGGCGGCCGGCAUGGCCCUGGGACUGCACCCCGCGGCGCCCGGCGGGCCGGGCAUGCCGGCGCAGACGGCUCUCUACGGGCAUCCCGUGUACGGCUACUCUGCGUUAGGGGGACAGCACCCGGCCCUCUCCUACUCGUACUCGCAAGUGCAGGGAGCCCACCCAUCCCACCCCGCCGCCGACCCCAUCAAGCUCAGCGCCGGCACCUUCCAGCUGGACCAGUGGCUGCGAGCCUCCACCGCCGGCAUGAUCCUGCCCAAAAUGCCCGACUUUAACUCCCAGGCACAGUCCAACCUGCUGGGGAAGUGCCGCCGGCCCCGCACGGCCUUCACCAGCCAGCAGCUGUUGGAGCUGGAGCACCAGUUCAAGCUCAACAAGUAUCUCUCCCGGCCCAAGCGCUUCGAGGUGGCCACAUCGCUGAUGCUCACCGAGACGCAGGUGAAGAUCUGGUUCCAGAACCGGCGCAUGAAGUGGAAACGCAGCAAGAAGGCGAAGGAGCAGGCAGCUCAGGAGGCCGAGAAGCAGAAGGGGGGAGGCGGGGAGGACAAGGGGGAUGAGGACCUAUUGCUGCCCGCCCCGGAGAAGAGCGGCGGGAGGAGAAUGCGGGAGCUGCCCGACAGCGAGCCUGAAGAAGAGGAGGAGGACGAGGAAGAAGAGGAGGUGGCAGCGGGGCGAUGCUGCCCCUAUCACUCCUCCGACUGCUCCGAGGCGGAUGAGGAAGACACACAGACCCGGGGCCGGCACGGAGCCCCGGCGCAGCCCCAGUGA